GAUGCAGUGACUGACCAUGCAAGGCGAUGAAACUAGUGCGGGCACUGACAGAAGACACCCAAGCGUCAUCUACUGUCUAGCGAUCUGUGCUACGGUCAGUGGCUUUCUGAUGGGUUACGACACAGGAAUCAUCAAUGGUGCUGUGAUCCUGAUUGACGAACAGUUCACAUUGACGGACCUCUGGAUUUCACUCAUCGUAUCCUCCACCAUCUUUUCAGCUGCAAUGUUUUCUUUCGUUUCUGGUGCGCUCGCGGAUACAAUAGGCCGUAAGUUGACGAUAAUGAUCUCAGGAGUUGUAUUCAGCAUAGGCGGAGGUAUCAUGGGGGUUGCCAAUGGUACAGAAAUGCUGCUUGUUGGAAGACUUGUAGUUGGGGCGAGUAUAGGAAUUGCGUCUUCAGUAGUACCAGUGUAUGUGUCAGAAUGUGCCCCAGCGGACAUCAGGGGUCAACUCAUUACAAUGUACCAGUUGUUCAUCACUGUUGGCAUCAUGGCGUCUGCUCUUCUGGCAGCAGGACUACAAGAACUGAAAGAGAGCGGCUGGAGGUGGAUGUUGGGCUCAGCAGCUCUACCUGGAAUGUUUCAAUUUAUAUUCUUCAUUUUACUUCCUGAAUCCCCCAGGUAUCAGAUGAUGAGAGGCCAAACUCUGCAGGCACUGAACACACUCAGACGGAUACGUGGCCUGGAGAAUGUUGAGAAGGAGAUGUUGGACAUUCAACAAUCUUUGGACGAAGAAGAAGCAGGAAAACAUGUCUCUGUGCUGGCCAAGAUGCUGCAAACUCCACAUGUCAGGAAAGCCUUGUUCAUCGGCUGUUCCCUGCAGAUGUUUCAACAGUUUUGUGGUAUCAACACAGUCAUUUAUUACAGCGCCACCAUUUUGAAAUAUGCUGGCUAUGCUAGAAAACAGGCGCUGUGGUUGGCUUGCAUUCCUGCCACCUUCAAUUUCCUGGCCACUUUUAUUGCACUUUGGGCAGUGGAGACAACAGGGCGGAAAAUGAUUUUGGCUUUCAGUUUCGGCGCUAUAGCUGGUGCCUUGGGCGUCAUGUCUUUCGGCUUCGCUAUGGUCCAUCUGGAGUCUCCACCAGCUUCGUCUAGCUUCGAAGAAAACCCUAUGGAGGACCUAUGCAGUCAGUAUCACACUUGUGAAGAGUGUAUCUACGACAAGCUUUGCGGCUACUGCGCCAGCAACACGGACGACGAUGAGCCACUGAAUGGCUCCUGCAUCAGCACCGACAUUGGCGACAAGCAAUUCGCCUUGUGGGGCAAAUGUUCUUACUCCAACAUCUCCAACUCCUACAAGAGGAAUGACGUCAUGUGGGUGUACGGACUGUGUCCGUCUGUCUUCUCGUUCUUUGCAGAGGCUGGGCUCAUCCUGGUGGUCCUCAGCUUUGCUCCAGGUGCUGGCCCCAUGCCAUGGACAAUCAACGCUGAGAUCUACCCCUCCUGGUGUCGGGGAAUGGCAAACUCCCUAGCCACGCUUACUAACUGGACAUGCAAUUUGAUUGUCUCCUUCAGUUUCCUGACACUAAAAUACUAUCUGUAUAUGUGGGGAACAUUUUUACUUUUCGGCUUAGCCAGCGUGCUGGGCUCCUGCUUCGUGGUUCUCUACGUGCCAGAGACCAAAGGCAAGACGCUGGAGGAGAUUCAGUUGGUGUUCAUGAACAAGCAGGAGAGACAGGAGAGCAUGCCGUCCAGCGAAUCCCAGGAGUCCCAGUCAAGUAGAAUGCCCGAGGAACUAAUGCAGAAAAAAUGCAAGUCUGUUGGCUGGCUGCCCGUAUAUAGGACGAGCAGCAGAGGGUCCACAGAGCUAGAGUAGAUGGUAGUCAAUCUUUUCAGAAGUAGUCGAGCACUGCAGAGCUAGAGUAGAUGGUAGUCAAUCAUUUCGGAAGUAGUCGAGCACUACAGAGCUAGAGUAGAUGGUAGUCAAUCUUUUCAGAAGUAGUCGAGCACUGCAGAGCUAGAGUAGAUGGUAGUCAAUCUUUUCAGAAGUA